GUGAGAUACAAGAAAAAUAAAAAUUAUGUAAUUGAGUUUUGUGGAAAAGAUAUAAAUGAACAAAACCACAAAUUAAUCACUUUGGUGGAAAUUUGGCUAAUUUUUUGGCAUAAUUAUAUGAAAUACGUAGUACGGAGUGUAUUUUAAGUAUUUCUGGGUAUAACUUUUUCAUAAUUAAUCACUUUAACACUUCAAUCAAAGUCAAUUCGAUCAAUUAGAACCAUAAUUUUAAUUAGGAGUUUCAUGAAAAUGAUGUUUAUUUUGGACGUUUGUUUCAUCCGGCUCACACAUUUAUUGUGUUGAUAAACAUUUUUACAGUUUACAGUGUGAGGUUCCUUUAUCACUUCAGAGGCUCAGAAAAAUGCACUUUUUGCAGGCUCUUCAAAAGACAGAGUUUCCUCCUUUGAAUCAGUUUUCAAAUUCUCCAGAAGGACGUUUAAUUACAUCUGCUCACUCGUUAAAGACGAGAUGAUGUCCAAGCACGUCAACCUCACAGAUCUCUCCGGCCACCGUCUCUCCCUCAACGAUCGAGUGGCGGUGGCGCUAACGCGUCUGAGCUCCGGCGGCUCCCUCUCCGUUCUCCGAGACACCCUCGGGAUUCACCAAUCCGCCGUCGGGCAGAUCACUUGGCAGUUCGUGGAGGCCAUGGAAGAGAGGGCGCUCCACCAUCUCCGGUGGCCGUCGACGGCGGAGGACAUCAGGGGUAUAAAGGACAAAUUCGAAAGCAUCCGGGGGCUGCCUAACUGCUGUGGGGCCAUUGACGUGACCCACGUCACUUUCGGUCAGUCCUCAACCGACCCGUUUGGUCAGAUCUGGUGCGAUUCAGAAAACAACCAGCAUAGCAUGAUCCUUCAGGCGAUCGUGGACCCGACGAUGAGAUUCGUCGACGUUUUCGCCGGCAUGCCGGGGAGUUUGAGCGACGGCGAGACUCUCCGGUGCUCGAGGUUCUUCAAACUCGCGGAGGAAGGGAAGCGGCUGAACGGCGAGGCGCUGAAGCUGGCGGACGGGACCGAGAUCCGAGAGUACAUAAUCGGGGAUUCCGGAUUUCCGCAUUUGCCCUGGCUUCUCACGCCUUACCGGAGACGGAGCCGUCUUCUCCAUCACCAAUCGGAGUUCAAUCGCCGCCAUUCUGCAACCAGAAAAGUGGCGCGACGGGCGUUGACGAGGCUGAAGGAUCAAUGGAGGAUCAUUCAAGGAACAGUGUGGAGGCCCGAUAAGCACAAGUUGCCGAGGAUCAUACUUGUUUGUUGUCUUCUCCACAAUAUACUCAUUGAUUUGGAUGAUGAAAUUCAAAUGGAGGCUCUGUUAUCGCAAAAUCGCGGCUCCGAUUACCGGAAAAGGAACUGGGAGGCGGCUCAUAAUAACAAGAGUGCUUGGAAUCAAAGAGAAAAGCUUGCUCUUUGUCUCUCUGGGGAGCAAGUUUCAUCACAUCCUUCUUAGUUGCAGUGAUUUAAGCAAUAUUUUGCACCUUCUCAUUAGCCUUUAGCAAAUGUGAAAAUUUUAUGGUCUGAGAUACUACGUACUAUAUACCCCUACUUUUUAGUUAGGUAAGUGAAAAGGAUUAGAUGAAUCAAGCUUGGUCAGAGUUAUGAACAAUUGUUUUUACUUCUUACUUCUUAGCUCCACCAGUCCACCUUGGUCUAUGUUUUUUAGAGCCUUGGUAAUACUCAAAUCUAUUCCAUUGAUUAAUUUUGAUGAAACUUAUGAACUUCUUUGUGAAGUGGCUGGAUUAAUGGAUUCUAUUUAUUUAUGAAAAAAAUUAUAUUUAAAAUA